AUGGAGAGCAAGCUGCAUGCGUGGGAUUCUCUGCGGAAUGAUGCCCGUCAGGCUGACAGUGUCAUCGAGCGGCAACUGACAGUGCUGGAAAGCAUUUCGCGCUUUGGCGAGAAUAAUGGCAGCAGCCAUGAGUUCAGGAAGACGGGGAAUGGGGCUGCGCCGUCGGUGGCGCAGAUAGAAAUGGCGCAGCGGGAGUUUGACCGGCAGCGCAACGAAGUUGAAAUGUCACUGCAACGCUUUGAAUCCCUCUUAGUGACAAUGGCGGAUACCGCCCGCGCCUUGCCGCCGGAGUCCACUGCACAAAGUCACACUGAACGUUUUCUGCAGCUUGCGGCAGAGAAGCGGCGCACCGUGGCACGCCUCACAGCAGACUUUAAACGCCGCCGUGAGUGGGCGGAGUUGAUGCCAGGCGUCACGAAUGAUCUGGAGACGCACCGGGAGGGGGAGGGGGUACGGUUUCUCAUGGAAGAGCAGGAUUCCCUGCGCCACACCCAGCGAAGAUUGAAUAAUAUACUUAACCAAGCCGAUGAGUCGCGGGAGCAGUUGCGUGGGCAGCGUGAUGCAUUUACGCGUAUGGAGGAUCGUGCUAUGCGGAUUGCUCUGCGGGUUCCUUUAAUCAAAAAGGUGCUAGGCCGCAUUGACAGUAGGCGACGCAGGGAAGCCGUCAUCUUGGGAGGGGUGAUUGGUGCAUGUGUGCUUUUGGUGAUAUUCUUCUGGUAG